AUGGCAACGAAUAUUGAUAAUAAAGAUAUAUUCGAAAACACUAGCAACAAUGAUAGUGCAUGUUCAAUUUCGAAUUUUGAUAACUCUCAACAACAUGAACAACCAGAAGACGCGAAAGUACCAACGUUUGACAUUAUAACAAUUCCUAUUGAAGGAAUGACUUGCGAAUCUUGUGUGAAUUCUAUAAUAAAUGCAGUUUCUUUGUUAGGAGUCGUAAAAAUAAAUGUUAGUUUAGAAAAAAACGAAGCAACAGUGGCUUAUGAUUUUAAUAAAAUCACGAAAGUAGAUAUUAUUAAGGCAAUAGAAACUUGUGGCUAUAAAACACAAACCCCCGUAGAGGCUCAACUUAACAAUGUUAACCAUGUUACUAUUAAUCUACCAGUAAAAGGGAUGAGCUGUAAAUCUUGCGAAAACUCGAUCACUUCCGCGCUAAAACUAGCGCACGGUGUUACGGACACUUGCGUAAGCCUUGAAAAUAAAUGUGCAAUAAUAAAGUAUGACACUUCAGUAUUAGAUGAAAGUAAAAUUGUAAAAAUCAUUGAAGACUGUGGUUUUGAAGUUGCUGACGGAAAUGAAAGUUCUGAAGAGACUGUAUCUCUUGCAAGUGCCUCCCGUAACAAUAAUUCAAUUAAUGAUGCAUCUGUUCUCUCAUCAAUCGGGACCCACGAAUUCGAACCUGAUCAACUUCGAACAUGUCAGCUUCAAGUGCAUGGAAUGUCCUGUGCUUCAUGCGUAAAUAGUAUUGAAAAAGUAGUUCGGAAUGCACCAGGGGUAGAAUCCGUUGAAGUUUCUUUACUCGUUGAGCAUGCAACCGUGGAAUAUAAUCCAGCUAUUAUAAACGAAAAUGAAAUAGUAAACAUGAUUAAUGAUAUUGGAUUUGAGGCAUCUCUUAUCCAAGAAAGACGUCAAGAUGUUGUAGAGCUUCGAAUUUACGGAAUGGAAACUCCACAAGAUUCAGGUAUAAUUGAAAAUGCCUUGAAAGAAAUUCGCGGAGUUAUUCAUGCGUCAGUUGAUUUUAUAAAAGCAAUUGCUGUUGUAAAAUUUGAUAACGAUAUUUUGGGAAUUAGAGAAUUAGUUUUUAAAAUUAAUGACCUUGGGUAUAACGCAGUGUUAUACGAUAACACAAAUAACGCGCAGUUAGAAUCAUUAUCUCGCACCAAAGAAAUUAUCGAGUGUCGCAAAUUGUUUUAUUGGUCACUCUUGUUUACCAUACCAGUGUUUCUAAUUUGCAUGGUUAUACCCCAGUUUGAAUGGGGGUCAAAGUUAGAUAAUAUUCAGCUAAUAAAGGGACUUUAUUACAGCGAUCUUAUUGCACUUGUGUUGACUAUACCCGUUCAAUUUGGAAUUGGUAAAAAAUUUUACGUUUUAUCAUUUAAAGCCCUAAAGCAUAAAUCUGCGACCAUGGAUGUAUUGGUAGUCAUUGGGACAUCAGCUGCAUUUUUUUAUUCAUGUUUCAUCAUGUUUGCCACGUUCUUUUACCAAACUGAAAGACAACCCAUUUUUUUUGAUACAUCGACCAUGUUGAUUACUUUUGUGUUACUCGGAAGAUAUCUAGAAAACAAGGCUAAAGGUCAAACUUCAACAGCAUUAUCAAAACUCAU